AUGAGAGUAUUUCAUGUUAUCCGAGCAAUUGUUUUUGCGUUCUCACAUACAUCUGUGCUACUCGUAGCCAGUCAAGAUGUACCCUCUCAGAGUCCUCCUCCAUUCCCAGUUCCUGCAAACAGCAGCAGCACCGUGCCUCCUGGGAGUGGGACUGGAGUGUUAUCGAGUUCCUUUUCGUCCACGACUCUCAUAGGAAUGGAGUCGACCCAUACUUCAAGCACCGGAGUAACGGAAAGUUCAUCGACUUCUAAUAGCAACAUUGCACCACCGGAGACUAGUACCGACUCUCUGUCUUCAGUCGACACAAGUCUCACGCCGACCGAUUCAGCAACGAUCAGCGACAGCUCGUCUUCGUCGGACUCUCCCACUCCAUCAGAAGCCACGUCAAGUGGAUACUCCACAAGCUCCACUUCGGGCACCGGAACUAUCACAGAUGGUCAUUCAAGCACCGACUCAAUCAUUCUUCCUCCUGAGCCUACAGACACCCCUUUCAGCACCGAUGGAGUCAUCCUUCCAUCAGGGAUCACCCUGCCACCAGACCCAAGCACAACACUUCUUCCAACAGGUACUGAGAUUCAGUCCAGUGCUUCGGACAUGUCCAUUAUCAUCGCAGGCAUAUUCCCUCUCAUACGAAGUUGGAUUGGUGAUCCUCAGCCCCCUCAGGUCACUAGUGUAACAGACGAGCUGGACAAUAUCCUCCCAAAAGUCUCCGAUUUCUUAGGCAAACUUCCGAAACCAACAGAUGGAGUUGAGCCAUGCAAGUCUGGAGCGAGACGACGAGCUGAAGAAGCAUUUCAAGGAAUACAGACAUUGAACAAGCGAAGUUUCCUUGGAGGCUUAUUCAAGACUGCAUUCUCCCUUGUGACUUGCGUCAUUAACACGACCAACAAAGUUAAAGAAGAAGUUAUGCGAGGGACUACCGACGCAGUAAAAAAUUUACAGAACGAUCUCAUACCCCUGGUAGAUGCUCUCAAUGAGGUGGACCCGAACGAGCCUGACCCCUCUGCAUCAAAUUCCGACCAACCAAGUUCGACACAAACGGAGUCCUCAUCGUCAUCUUCAUGCACUCUCAAUACAGUUAGUAACUGUAAUAUUGCAUGUACCGCCAUUGCCACUACUACUGUUGGAGGAGUGAGGAGACAAGCGAACGGCGAAGCGUGUACCACUGUUUGCGACGCUCCUAUAACGAAAUGUGGUGCUACUGGCGUUACGUCUGCGUCAACGACAAUAUCCACAACGACCGCCGUUCGAAAAUGCGCCAAAGGCUGCUCUGGUUGUAACGCUCCCAUACCACCACCGGAGCCUAUCACUGAAGGUGACUACAUGACCGACACCAAUGGCAUAGCCUACGCUCCCGCACCAACGGUAUCGGCACUAUCUACAUACUCCGACUUGGCGGCACGUAAUAUCGCACCCCGAGAGACUGGCCCAUCAAGCCGCAAUCUUUACAAGCGCACCCUUACUAACCCUCGCGAUGAUCCGUGGCAUGGAGAUGUUAGCAAAUGGCUACUUGCAAUGGUAAAACAACCAGGUACCAAGCGCCUUGAACACGGUAACUAUCCGGGAUGGUUCACAACCUCUAUAACGGAUCGACUGCUUGACGACAGAAAUAGCUGGAGCUUGGGCGACAUGAACGGAUGUACCGCCGUCGUUGUCGUUUCCCGCAAGAGAAUAUUCAUGGCGCACAUUUGGGAAAAUCCCACGAUGGAUAACACUGAUAACAACUUUCAACGGGAUGCUCUUGACGCUCUAAGGAAUCUAGCCGGUGAUGGCAAGGGUGUUAGCCAAGGUGUAAGCGCGUUUACCGGCCCGGGCGGAGAUUUCGAGAACAUCGUCGAAAACCGUGUACGAGCAAUGGUCAUCACUCCGAACAAGCCAGGACAAAACGAGCUGCAGUAUCCGUAUCAAGUCAGGCUGAUUAGCGACAUGUUGAAAAGCGUCCUUGGCUUAUCCGACAUCCUGCCCGUGCUCCCGAUUCCCUACUGGGCCAGAGACGAAGAUCUCCUAUGGCAAUACCCCCGCGGAAAACUUCUUAUCCAAUACGAUCCGGUCCAAGCGAUGCAGCAGACACCAGGCCAGACCUGCCCGACACAAGUUGCGGGGCUUGAGGUAUGGUUUGAGGAACUCUAUUCGUCUCCUCGCCAUGGCGAUACCUGGCCAGCUUUCCCAAAUCAGCUUGUAGCUGCACAACCAGGGCCUUCAAGGCGCUUCAUUCGAGGAAGGCAAGUAACGGACGCAGACGAGGAAGAGUGGCAAGAGUAUGAGAACGUCCUGAGACGCCAGAACGGAGUUUGCGCCAGACCUUCUGGGACGCUGUCUGGCUCGUCAAUCGCCCAAGAUCCAACCACAUUACAGACCUCGCUCGUAACUACUUCAGAUGGUGGGCACAGCUCUGGUACUCCUUCAACGCCCGGCGAGCCGGUCCCUAACACUACAAUCGACCAGCCACCUACGAUGACGGACGAACCUCCAACAAGUACCGACGUACCUGAACCCGAUCCAACACCAAGCCCGCCGCCAAAGUCCAAAGCACUAUCGAUCGUCCUGAGCGCCUUCAGGAAUGAGACGACGGGCGAGGACUACAACUCGUGGGUCUUCUUUGAAACAAAAAUUCGUGAACCAGCGGAGGUAUGCGGUAAUGCUACCCUCGAUGAUCGAAAUACACGAUGGACUGACGACAACGCAAUCAUCAAACCUCCGUGGCCGCACGGAACUUUCACUAUGACGCUGUACGGUGAAGACAACUGUCAGUAUCUGAACGAUGGCAACGGUGCUGGUAUACUUCAUUGUCCGAGCUUUGGUGACGGCAAUAACGUGAGCUGUCAGGAGGAGCCAGAGAAGAGCCAGGUGUCGGAGAUCACACAGUGCAUCUAUUCACAGACAGUCUCCAUAGCGGUCCAUCGAGUUACUUAUUCAUCCGGUGAAGUCACACUGUAG